AUGCUGCUGAAGAGAAACAGCAGACCAGGUCCUCAGGAGAGCGGUUCCUCUGAGGAGCUGCACAAGGACCCCAACAGAGCACCUCCUCACCAGAACCCGCGGGGCUGGUGCCUGAGGGAGAAAGGACUCAAAAAACAACAGAAAUGCAGUGGCUUCAAACAACAAGCUGUGUUGCCUGACACUGCUCCUGAGGGUCAGGAAACCGGGAGAAGCUUAACUGGAUGGCUCUGGCCUAGAGUCUCUCACGAGGCUGGGAUUCCGACAUCGGCUGGGCUGCAGUCUCCUCUGGUGCUUGACGAGGCAGGAGCGCCCACUUCUAACUCACUCACGAGGCUGUUGGGAAGGGGCCUCGGUUCCUCUCUGGCUGAUAACUGA